AUGAAUCACGAUCCAUAUCAAUGGGGUAGACCUUCCAAUGAUACUUACGGUCCUUAUAAUUAUAAAAUAGCACAAGCUAAUAAUUCAGAAGUUAAAGAGCACAACAAUAAUCAUCAAUUCCCAAAAAUGAAUACUCAACAACCAAUCAUAACAGGUACAUCAGUUAUAGCAUCAAAAUUUGCAAAUGGUAUAAUAAUGGCAGCUGAUCAUGUUGGAUCCUAUGGUUCAUUAUUACGUUUUAACAAUUUAGAAAGAUUAAUUAAAGUUGGUAAUGAAACAGUAGUUGGAAUAUCAGGAGAUAUAUCAGAUUUACAAUAUAUUAAAAGAUUAUUAGAAGAAUUAGAAAUUCAAGAAGAAGUUUAUGAUAAUGAUGGUGGGAAUUAUUUAAGAGCUCCAAAUGUUCAUGAAUAUUUAUCAAGAGUAAUGUAUAAUAGAAGAUCAAAAAUGGAUCCAUUAUGGAAUAGUAUAAUUGUUGGAGGAUUUGAUAUAGAUAAAAAACCAUUUUUGAAGUAUGUUGAUUUAUUAGGUGUAACAUAUCAUGCAUCAACUAUAGCAACAGGAUUUGGAUCACAUUUAGCAAUACCAUUAUUAAGAAAUUUAAUACCUGAGGAUAAAGAAUAUGUAAAAAUUCAAGAAGAUCAAGUUACAAAAGUUGUUGAAGAUUCAAUGAGAGUAUUAUUUUAUAGAGAUGCAAGAUCUGGUGAAGUUUAUAGUUAUGUGAUUAUAAAAUUGGUUGAUAAUGAAAUUAAAUUUGAAUUUAUAAAUGAUGCUAAAGUUGAAAAUCAAAGUUGGAGAUUUGCAAAAGAUAUUAGAGGUUAUGCAAGUAAACAAAGUUAG